GGCUGCCGAUCGAUUAUUGGAUCAAGCCAGAAGCUGGUUCUAGUUGGUUUGCUUCGGAUCCGGUAAAGAGAAUUAUUGAUCGGUUGUUAGAUCGGUUAGAAGAGACUACGCGGACAAAUGAUUGUAGGAUUGGAUCCGGUGGCUCGGACGACAAUGUUGGUGGAGGGAAGGUAGUUAGAGACGUUGAGACACUACUUGAGAUGGUCGUCACGGCGUAUGAAUGA